AUGACAGCACCAGGCCCUAUAACAACACCACUUACGUCCCUUCUGGGAAUCAAACACCCUAUAGUCCUCGCAGGAAUGGCCAGAGUAUCAGGCGGUCGUCUUGCAGCUGCAGUCUCCAACGCAGGCGGUCUAGGCAUCAUCGGCGGCUUCCAAUACACACCCAACCAACUCCGCGAGAUCCUAGCCGAGAUGAAAGAGAACUUCUCUCGACCUGAUCUUCCCUUUGGCGUUGACCUCGCGCUUCCUCAAAUUGGCGGAAAUGCACGAAAGACUAACCAUGACUACACAGGUGGCAAGUUGGAUGAGUUGGUGGAUAUCAUCAUUGAUAGCGGCGCCAAGUUGUUUGUCAGUGCUGUUGGAGUUCCACCGCCUGAGGUGAUUAAGAGAUUCCACGAUAAGGGUAUUUUGGUUAUGAACAUGGUUGGACAUCCCAAGCACGCAACAAAAGCAUUGGAGCUCGGAGUUGAUAUGGUCUGCGCUCAAGGCGGUGAGGGAGGCGGACAUACAGGAGACGUCGCAAACUCGAUCCUCAUCCCUGCUGUCGCCGACAUUGCAUCAAAGUACUAUCCUCCCCUUCUCAAGGGUCUGCCCGCGUUGGUCCUUGCAGCAGGAGGAAUCUACUCAGGCCGCAGUCUCGCAAGCUCACUGAUGCAGGGUGCUUCAGGAGUAUGGGUUGGCACUCGAUUCGUUGCAUCCGAAGAAGCAUCAUGCAGUGAAGAGCACAAGAAGGCGGUAGUAUCAUGCGGAUACGAAGAUACCCAGCGAACACUCGUUAUUUCUGGACGACCGUUGAGAAUGAAGACGAACGAGUAUAUUCAGAAAUGGCAUGAUCAGCCUAACAAGAUCAAGGAGUUGUGCGAUAAGGGUAUUGUGCCUAUUGAGUAUGACUUUGAGCAGGGCAACGACUUUGAUCUGCCUCAUUUGAUGGGUCAGGUUGCAGGUGCUAUUACCAAGGUGCAGCCUGCUGGAGAGAUUGUUGAUGAGAUGGUCAAGGAGGCUGUUGAGAUGUUGAAGAUCGGUGGAACGUACUUGACAGCUGUACCGAAGCUUUGA